AUGGCGAUGAGUAAUGACGGCUCUUCCUCUGGAGAAGAUCGUGAAGCCGCUGAAGUAACGCCGGCGUCUUUCCAUGUGACUACGACACCACUCCAACCCGCUUCAAUAGAAACUAUCAUGGUGCGCCUUGCGCAGCAAGAUGCAGCCCAGAAAGCGGCGAUCGACCAAAUCGCAGUGCUCACAAAGAUCUUAGCCCCCCUCGCUGCGAAUGUGGAAGCUUCGAUGGCGCAGUACCUAAGACAUCUGUUUAACACAGAGAGAGCGACUGGCGCAGCACCAACGCAAACUGCCAACCAAGAUGUCGGCGAUGAUGAUGUGGCCCAAACCCCGGUGGGUCUUGAUGCGCAGACGAUAAACGAGCUUGCCGCGCCGAAACAGUCGGUGCUGGAUAUAAACUCCAAGAUUCAUCAUGUCACCACGUCCGCCCCUCAGAUCGAGCGAGUCCUAGCAGAAUCUCUCCGGAUACCGUUCACCGAAAAGAUAACGAAGGUCCGCCUCCGAAAGAUGGAAAAGCUCCGUCUUCCAACCUUCGACGGUGUAUCCGACCCUUCUGCUCACGUCACAUCCUUCAAUAUCGCGAUGCGACGCGCGAACCUCUCUGAUGAGGAAAAAGACGCCGGCUUUUGUCAACUUUUCGUCGAAACCCUAGAAGGUAUCGCUCUUAACUGGUUCACCGGUCUUCAGGAGAACUCCGUUGAUAGUUUUCACGACCUCUCGACGGCUUUCCUCAAAAAUUACAUCAUGUUCACUCGACAAGAAGCCACCGCCAUGGAUCUUUGGAAUCUCAACCACGCGAACGGGCAGAGCUUGAGAGAUUUUAUGGAGAAGUUCAAAUCCAUUGUCUCGAAAGUCGACGUACCAGAUCAUAUAGCCGUGGAGUCGUUGAUGAACACCCUCCACAUUAAGUCACCAUUUCGGGCUGAUCUUUACCGAAACCCGACGAGAUCAGUACCGGAUGCCAUCGCUCGAUCCAAUAACUUCAUUCGAAUGGAGGAGGAUACUAGGGCCAAGGCGGCCAAAGAAGCUGCAGGGAAACAGACUCCCGCCCGGACGAACGACGCUCGUCAAGAACCGCGCCAACAUUCCACAAGUGGCAAGCCUAACCAGAAGAAGGGCUACAUGAAUGCUAUAGACGACGGCGAACCAUCGGGUUCCGCCGCAAUGGCGCGAGAGAAGGGGUGGAAUCAUUGGGAUCGAGAUACCAGCCAGCCAAAGUCGAGCUCCCCCGAACCAGCAAACUCGAACGCCGUCGAGCUGAGUAAAUGGUGUUCCAAUCAUGAGGUCAAAUCACAUGAUACGAAGGAUUGCAAAGUAUUAUACGGACACUUCCUCAAAUCCAUCGAAAGCGGGAAAAUCGAGAUUGAAUCUCCGUAG